AUGCAAUACACUCCUUUUGCUUCGGAUAUUGAACUUCCAUUUUACACUGCACUAGCGUCGCAUAAGAUCAACCAUGACAAACUGGAUGCCUCCGCUCGCAAAGUCCUUGGGCUUUAUGAGAUACGCCCCGCAGAGGCUCCAAAUGCCUCAUGCAGAAUGCAGAUACAUGGGAACGCCCUCACCAACAAUGAUGCCCCAGCUAGCUAUUACCGAGCAGAAGGCAUCAUAAAGAACGUUAAUACCGUCGAGGAGUAUGCAAAUAUCGACAAGAUGGGAGUGCUCCGACAAUCUGGGAAAACGAUAUGGGAUGCCAUCGACGACGGCACAAUUUAUUCAUGCCCCUCUCUGCUGUCCUCUUUCAUCGUUAUCUCCUACGCUGAUCUCAAAAAAUAUAAGUUUCAUUAUUGGUUUGCAUUCCCGGCUCUUCAUUCGGAUCCCUCUUGGGUCCCUUUGAAGGACAGAAAUGCGAAGACCCGCCUGAAAUCCGCGGAUGCACGAGGUACAGCAACAGAACUACCCAGUACAGAAAACUCAACACUCGCCGAAUCAGUGCAAGAGUGGGCGCGUGGUGUGGAUUCUCGACAACGCGGAUUUUUCCUAGCACAGAGGAUUAGAGCACACGAGGACCAUCCCGUUUCCUGGAGGAUCGCACCACUCUCAAGCUACGAGGAUGGAUUUUUUAAGGGCGCCAAAUUUGAAGACUGUUUCACCUGUUUCGCUGAUCCCUCAAAUUACGAGGAAUCACCUGGCUGGAUGCUACGGAAUCUGCUUAUCCUUGUAAAACGACGGUGGAGACUCACAAAGGUGCAGAUAUUACGGUAUUGCCAUGGAUCAUCCCAACGUGACCGGGGUCGCAGCAUUGCGAUAACACUGGGGAUGAAGGAAUCACCGCUGGUUGCGUCGCCAGCUAAUGACAAUGAAAUGCCUAAAGUAACGGGAUGGGAGCGCAAUCCGGCAGGGAAACUGGCAGGAAGGGUUGUUGAUCUCACGGAAUAUUUGGAUCCUAAGAGGCUCGCUGAUCAAUCUGUUGACCUCAAUCUCAAGCUUAUGAAAUGGCGAAUCAGCCCAAAUCUUGACCUCGAAAAAAUCAAAGAUACCAAGUGCCUUCUACUUGGUGCAGGGACUCUUGGCAGCUACGUUGCCCGGAAUUUAAUGGCUUGGGGAGUAAGGAAGAUAACAUUUAUAGAUAAUGGAACUGUGUCAUUCUCGAAUCCAGUGCGGCAGCCACUCUUCAACUUUGCGGACUGUUUGAAUGGCGGUUCAAAAAAAGCGUAUCGGGCCUCCCAAUCUCUGUCAGAGAUAUACCCGGGUGUCGACUCUGUUGGCCAUGUACUAGCUGUUCCCAUGGCGGGCCACCCGGUAUUAGAUACGGAGAAGACGCGGACGGAUUUCGAGGUCCUCAAAAAACUCAUAAACGACCAUGAUGCGAUUUUCCUCUUAAUGGAUACGCGGGAAUCGCGGUGGCUGCCAACCGUAAUGGGGAAGGCAGCGGGCAAAAUAGUUAUGAAUGCAGCACUAGGAUUUGACACCUUUGUCGUAAUGCGCCAUGGCGUUGCAAAUGGCGAGAACCCGGAGGAAGAGCUCGGAUGCUAUUUCUGCAAUGAUGUCGUUGCGCCCAUGAACUCUCAAAAAGACCAGACACUGGACCAGCAGUGCACCGUCACCCGACCCGGAAUAGCUGCCAUAGCAUCGGCUCACCUGGUUGAGUUGCUAGUCUCGCUUCUUCAACAUCCGCUAGGGGCCGCCGCAGAAGCUCCCCAACCCCAGGAUGACAAAGAUGGCCAUCCUCUCGGCCUUGUUCCGCAUCAAAUCAGAGGAUUCCUAUCUAGGUUUGAGAAUAUUUCUGUUGUAGGCCGAAGCUACAAGUAUUGUAGCGCGUGCUCCGAAACCAUCAUAAAUGAGUACAAAAGAAUGGGUUGGGAUUUCGUGCAAAGAGCAUUAAAUGAAGAGGGUUAUGUUGAAGAGCUGAGUGGCCUCAAAGAAGUUCAAGAGACAGCAGAAGCAACACUAGCCGACAUCGAAUGGGAUGAGGAUUCAGAACUGGAAGAGAUAGCAGCACCAGGCGGGAACUGA